AUGUAUUAAAUAACUCCAAUAUCAGAUACAAUAAAGUCUCGAUACCCGUAACUCAAGGACUACUACCUAUGCUAAUUUUUGGGGGAGAACCAAUAAUCUGCAAUAAUAUGUUCAAUCCUGCAUUAUCUUUUGAAUCGUCGACUAAGCAGAAGUCUCGAAUACUUUAGGAGUCCAAAAAUAAAUUACAAAUAGUUGCAUGCAUAGGAAAUCGCUUAAUUCCUGCAGGAAAGUUUGGAAAUGGAAAAUCCAAUAUAAAACUUCUUCGAAAAGUUGUCAACUUACGAUUAGAAUAAUCUUAUGACAGAAGUUUUACUCUAAGACUUUUGCUUUUCUUAUUAAUUAAUAUAUAAGGGUUAAAUUUGUUUGAAUUAUUUGGCUGACUUCUUAGAUUUGAAUAUUAAUAUCAUUCCAUAAUUAAAUAGUCUAGGUAGAGGGAAUAGUAAUUUAAUUAUAAUAAGAGAGUAGGAAGAAUAUUAUUUUAUUAUCCCGGAACCUCAAUUCUAAUUAGAAACCUAAACAAUUUGCUUUAGUUGUAGCAGAAAGGUUUAUGUCUUCCUGAAUCUUUAAUGUGAUCAUUAAAUUUGUUUGAAUUGUCUCUUUAAACAAAACCAGCAGAGUUAUACGGAUAAUUUUCAAUGUAGAUGUGGAUAAGUCAUUUAAAAAUAGCAGGUUGAAUAAUUUUAAAAUGAAAUCAGUGCUAUAGCUAAAACAAAUCGUUAUAAUUUAGUAUUGGAGCAAUUCUAUCAUCAGUGCAGCUCCACCUUAGUUUAAAGAAAGAGUUAAAUUCGUACUAGUUUUGCAAAAUAGCUUAAUGAAUCAAUAUCUGAGUAAUUGACUGCAACUGAAAUUUAGAUUUCUCUCCUUGAUGAGACAAAUAGAGUUUUAGAACAAUUAGAUGAACAUUGUUGUAAUUGUCAUGGAGAAUCAAACAAACCUUACUUUUAUUUAAAUAAUUGCUCGCAUAAAUUUUGCUUUGAAUGCAUUAAAAAAGAGUUUUAAAAUGAUUGUUGUGGGGGAUGUUAUUGUAUGGUUUGUCCUAAUAAAGUCUCAAGAAAAGAAUACGAGUUAUAUUUAUAAAUGAUAAAUGUUGCAAAAGACAACAUCUAAGAGAAACCACCUGAAAAAGAGAAAACAGAAAACAAAUGUUAAAAUUGUAAUAACAAAUUUCAAUAUCAAUUGUUUGCAAUAGAAAAUUGUAAGCAUAGUUUUUGUGAUACAUGUUUAGAAUAGUUUUUUGCAGUUAAUUACUUUUAAGUCUACUACUGUACUGUUCCAAAUUGCCCAGGUACUUACAACAAGAAGGACUAUGAAAAGUUUAAAUAGGAGUUUAGAAAACAGUUGUAAAUAUCAUAUUCUGAAUUAGAGAAUUCAUGUCAUCAAAUUUCGUGUGACUUUAAUCUAUUAAAUAAUUGUAAAUAAUGUCUAAAAUAAUUAUGUGUUUCACAAUCAGAAAUUAAAGACUAAAUUUGCUCAAAUUGCAGUAAUCCAACUUUAAAAAGUAAGAAUCUAAUCGAAAACGAUUCCACAAAGAUCACUUCAGAUGAUCAGAAGGAAAUCGAUCUUAAUUGGAGUCUUUUAAUAGAUAAAUGCUAAAAAUGCUAGAAAGAAUCACAAUAUUAAUUAUUCUAGAUUCCAUUAUGUAAUCAUAAGUUUUGUAAUUCAUGCAUUUAGGGUUCGAUAGAAAACAAAUAAAAAGAUUAGAGAUGUCUUAAUAAGAAUUGCAAAAGUUUAUUUACUAGGGGAUCUUAUUAAAAUUAUUAUAAUAAUUUAUUACAGGAUAAAGAGAUCAUCCAAAAUAAUUAGCAAAUAUUAAAUCAACAAUUAAUCACAAAAUCAGAAACUUUCAAGCAAUAACCAAAAAUAAAUAAUCUAGUAAAUCUCAACUUUAACUCAAAUGUAACUGUUUAAAGCUCAACAACUAGUACAACUGAUUAAUAAUUGUGUUCAUUUUGCAACAUUUUGAGUGAUUUGGAUCAAGUCUUUCUUAUCAAAUGUGGACAUUAAAUUUGUUAGAGAUGUAGUCUACGUUUAAAGGGUUAAAAUUUUAGAUGUAGUAAGUGUUUGACUCUUUUUGAUAAUCUUAGAUUUAAAAAGUUUAGAUUAUCUUGUAAGUACAAAUGCGACAAUUGUAAGAAAACCUUUCCUUUUGAUUAGAUUUCGCCAAACUAAAAAUGUCUACAUUCUUUAUGUUGGUAAUGUCUCUAAAUAAUUUAUACGAAUAAAGAGACUCAAUAUUGUUGUGUCAAAAACUGCAAAAAAUCAUUUACUGUAGAAAAGGGUUCUAAAAAUAUUUAAAUCUUUCCCUAGUAAGAUGUUGACUCAAGUAAAGAAGCUUAACAAAUUUUAAAUUUGAAAUUUGUAACUAGUUAAAAAAUCAUUUAAUCGAAUUCUUAAGCUAUUGCUAAAAUUGACCAAAGCCUAUCUAUUUUAUUAGAGUAAAAAAAAUAGAAAUAAGAAAUUGAACAACCUUUUAAAAUACAAUCAUGUAUGAUUUGUAAUUAGGAUUUCGAUGAUUACAAUUUGCCGGUAGUCUUCUCGUGCAAUUUACACAUAAUUGGUAUAUGUUGCAUACUUAAUAAUUAUCAACUAUGUUACCUAUGCGAUAGAGGGCUUUGA